GAGAAGAGAGGCGGAGGAGAGAGCGAGAAGGAAAACCAGGAGAUAGUAUUAAAACCCACGACCAUGGGGUCUUGUAUGUACAGUGGUAACACGACUAAAGCCCAUCUUUUCUCGUCUUCAUUCUUCAAAGGACAACUAUCGGUCUCUUUUUCCGGCUGUAUGUAACAACAUGACAGGCGUUUGUAACGAAUGCUCCAGUUUUCCUCACAUCUCAAUUCGUUCGCGGAAGAUUCAUCAGUGGGGCUCGGCAGCGCUGCUUGUCUCAUUCGAACCGUUCGGUCUAAUGGGAGUCGUAUAGCUUCAUUAUUAACACUCUGACGGUGGUGGUGAAUGGCAAAUAAUGCGUCUAAUCCAGUUUUUCCAAGACCAUUGUUUUGUGCAAUGUGAGCUUGAUCGACUCUGCUGUGUCGUUACGUGUUGAGAGGAGGGAGGAUCUUCCCCAUCAUUGUUGAAUCACGCUUUGGGCUUAACGCUUCGGUCUUCCGUCAUUUGGAAACCAUUUGGAUGUGAUACUAAAUAAAGCCAGAAACCUGGACCUGGACCUAGGGAGACAGUGGGCCUGGGGAGACAGUGCAGACCUUUGUGUAAUUUGUAUAAAAACAUUUUUAUCUCCAUAUUUUAGAGACCCCGGAGUGUGCAUAUCAAAAGCGUAGCUGAGGGACCAUUGAAGAAGAAAGGGGGGAGACGAGGAGAUUACGAGGUAACGCCAGGGGUGGGGAAAAUGCUGCCUUCGCAAGAAGCCUCCAAGAUUUACCAUGACAACUACAUGCGGAAUUCGAGGGCCAUUGGGGUUCUGUGGGCUAUUUUCACCAUAUGUUUGGCCAUUAUUAACGUGGUGGUGUUCAUUCAGCCCUACUGGAUUGGGGACAGCGUGAACACCCCACACGCCGGCUACUUCGGCUUGUUCCACUACUGCGUGGGCACUGGGAACUCCAACCGGGAGCUCACCUGCCAAGGAACCUUCGCCGAAUUCAGCAGCAUCCCUUCGAGCGCAUUUAAAGCGGCAACCUUCUUCGUGUUGCUGUCCAUGGUACUGAUCUUGGGAUGCAUCGCCUGCUUCAUCCUCUUCUUCUUCUGCAACACCGCCACUGUCUACAAGACCUGCGCUUGGAUGCAGCUGCUAUGUGCCGUGUGUUUGAUCCUGGGCUGUAUGAUCUUUCCGGAUGGCUGGGACUCGGAAGUGGUGCGCGACAUGUGUGGCGAGGAGACAGGGAAGUACACGCUGGGGAACUGCUCGGUGCGCUGGGCCUACAUGCUGGCUAUCGUUGGCAUCAUGGAUGCCCUCAUCCUCUCCUUCCUGGCCUUCGUGCUGGGCAACCGGCAGAACGACUUCCAGCUGGAGGAGCAGCUUAAAGCAGAACAAAAAGAUUUUGCAGUGUCCAGGAUUGAAAUCCGGGAGACCAAGGAUCCACGAUACGGAGUCCAACGGUUCCACUGAGCACCCCCCCCCCCCCCCCCCAACAGUUUCAGACCCUCCUCUUCAUCUCCUCUGUUCAUUCGCCCCCAAAGACCAUAGCUCUUCAGGUCUAUCAACUGAUCUCAGAGUGGAGCUGUCUGUAAAAUAGAACUGAAAUGGAAGAUAUUCAAAAAGAGAAACAAUUUGAAGAGAAAUGAUAAAAAGGAAUAUGAUCAGCUUUAUAAAACUCUGGGGGAAAAAAAAUUGAUAUAGUGUAUUAAUUAAUUCUCACAUAAUAUUACCAUAACAAAGGUAAUGAAGUUCAUGAUGAUGCUUGCAGCAGGCAUAUUCUAUGAAAAUCUACAUUUUUAUUCAGAAUGGAAAAUGAGUCAUUUCCAGCUUUAAAAAUAACCAUUUAAGAAGUGCAUUUGUACAAGUGGGUGCUACUUCUGAGAUAUCUAAUAAAAGAAGACAAAAAAAGGAAGAAAAAAACACAAACAAGAAUUUUGUACAGCGACAGUAAUUUUGAAGACCAUCUUUUUUUCUGACAGAUUUUCAACUUCCCCCUUUUUGUACAUGAGCUCUGGUCCCAGGAAAUACAAAAGAAAAAGACGUGUAAAUAAGGUGUUUCUAUGGAAACGGGGUAGAAAUAGCAUUUAUUACCCCAUAAUUAUCAUCCCUUGAAACCCUUCGGAAUAGCAACCCCUUUCUGAUCAUCGUCUUGGAAAAGGAAGUGUGGAUUAUCUCCACCAUUUCUUCUCUUCUCCCCGUGUAAUUUGAUCUACCAACAUCCUUGAACCAGAAAAGCCAACAGGAGCAACGACAGUGGUAAUGGACCGAAUUAAUUGACAGGCAUUGUAAAGAAAAGACUUCACUGCUGUCAACUCUUUCAAUCUACAGAAUUUCAGUCAAAGUCCUGCAUCUAAACUCACACUCUUAGAAAAAAAGGGUUCUGAUAGAACCAAAAAGUGUUCUAUCACUUGUUUCAAAUAUGGAACCCUUUUAUAGGGUUCUUUGAUCAGAACUCCAAGGGUUCUUCUUCACUGAAACAAAAUUGGUUCCAUAUAGAACCCUGUAUGGUGCCAUUUAUGAAAUAUGGUUAAUGCUAAUAAAUUGUCAUAUUUUUAGCUAACAAUAUAAUUGAAUAAACAAUAAAUAAUGGAGAAAAGAAUACCAGCAUAGUUUUGAGAUUUUACUGUCAGAAUAUACAAACAUAGUUUGGAAAUAUGCACUGGUGGCCAAGGAGGCAUCUGUUUGUUUGACUGAUGGGCCACGUCAAUAUUGGUACCAACUCUAGCUGACUUCUGUAUGGAACAGUACAGUAAGGGUUGUUUUCUAGGCUGGUUCCUGAAAAUAAGAAAAAAAGGACCAAAAACCUGAGUUAAUCUUCAGAAAUAAGCAUGAGUUGAUCUGCCAAAAUGAAGACAAAAUUGUAGAAGAACAACGUACAUAGAGUUGUCAGCAGUAGCUGAAAGAGAUCCUCUGAUAGUUGGGUUACUGCCAGACUGAGUAAAACAGAUAGUGUGUUAAAAGUCAUGUAAUGAUUAACUAGGCUAUUGAAUCACCAAGACUUAUAAAUAAUGAGGAAUAAUUUAGAUGCAUACCUCCUCUGUCAGCCCACUGCCCAUCACUUGCAUUCUUUAGAGGUCAGCAACAGUCUUCUAAUGGCUUCAUGAAACAUAGUCCCCUCAUCUGACUACAGUGAAAUACUGAAAUAAAAGUAACAAUUAUCUAAUAGCCAAUGUCAGGCUGGGUCUGUAGCUCUAUUUGGCAUAGUCAAUAAUAAAAAGUAAUGUUUUUUUGUAAGAGUUACUAAUAACUGAGCUAAUAACUGAGCUAACUAGCUUGUAAAGUGUCUAAUUAAACUAGGCUAAUUUCUUGUCUAGCUAGCUAGAUAACAAAUGGUGCUCAAAUUCUAAUACAACUUUAUCUAGCAUAGCUAGUUUAUCAUAUGACUGGUGUCAUAUUUGAAUGAAAUAAUUAAGUUUACUUAUCUUAAUAAAUGGAAAAAUAACAUGCUUAUUGGUAGGCUAUUUGCAAGUUUAACCACCUUCAUGCUGGAAUGGCAGUUGGUUUUUGAAUCAGAAUGGCAGUUAAAAUUUGAAUAGACCAUAAGGUUCUACAUAGAACCCCUUUUUUAAUCUAAGAGUGUAUGUUUUGAUUAAAACACAUGAUUUACUCUUGCUUUUAGCUAGCAUUUAGUUUGCAACAGAUUUGUAUGAACCUUGCUGUUUGCCACUCCGACCUCGGCAACAAAGUUACAAAACGCGAAUUCGAUCUCCCACCUGCCAUAGUGUUUAAAAAUGUCAGACGUCAGCUAGCCAUUUUUCUGACCAGGUGAUGGAUCUCCCCUAAAAUGUGUUGGUGUUAAGUCCUUGGUCUUUUAUAUUCCUGAAUUAUCAUUCAUACCUUCGAUUGGGAAAAUGGUGAACUUCACAGUCCCAAACCAAAGAAUGAGGAAAACCCUAGUGAAAGUUAAACAAGGUUAAGACAUGUCCAGCAGUGGUUGCAUAACAUUAGCUGAACAUUUGUUGCUGUAUGAAAGAAAAAUUAGUCUCUCGCAACCUAAUGGUACACGCAAAAUCGCCUCUGUUUUUCAUAUGGUCAUCUUAAUAUCAUUGUGAAAGCAGGCCAGAGUACCAUAAAACUUAAAUGAAACCGUCUCAAAUAGCCGCCUGUCCCUUUUAAUAACAAUGCAGAGGCACACAUUUCAGCAAAUAAACGCCUGUUUCAAAUAUACCCUGGGUCUAAAUGAAUUGUUUACAAUGUUACCAUGAAUUACUAUGAAUUGUUAACAAGGCUUAAUGUUUGAUUUAUUACAUUAAAUAAUUCUGUAAUGACUCUCAAAAAGGAUGGCAAUCAGUUGUUACCGCCAGUAAGAGAAACUGCAAGCCUUUGGCUGCUAAUAGCUGAGAACUGCUAGCUAACUGGCAAACAAAAGACCCCUAGAAAUCAGCCAAUCACUAUCUAGUUGCGAAAGUAAGAACUGCCGAAAAUGCACACAGUCAUUGUGAAGAAUAAUUAUUCUGUCAAGGAAUUGAAAAAUAAUCAUUGUUCAUGAUUUAGUUUUUAGUUUUUUACAUUAAAUGCUGUAACAGCAGAGAAUAAAACAAUGAAUACAAGUCCAAUGACGGUAGUGGCUACCCAUUACUGUGUAUCACUUAUGAACCAUAAUUUAUUCACAUUACUUUAAUAAAAUAUUUCAGUUGCUGUGUAUAUGAGUUGUUUUAGGCCUAUUUGACGACUUUAUUUAAUUCAAAGUCAUCUCAUCUCUAUAGAGCUGCUGCCUAUGCUCUCUGACAAAAUCACUAUUUUGGUAGUUUCUUCCUCUCGAUCACACCACACAGACCAGAUAAGUAGGCAUACAAUGGAUUAUGGUAAUUGUAGUUCAUUACCAUGUUUUCUGCACUGUUGAAUAUUGGCCUGUUGGAAACUACAUCUCCCUACUAUACCACGCAGUUUGUGCUUGAUCUGAUUUAUCUCUAGCGACUAAAUAGAAUUCUAAUAAUUGAACCGUUGUCGGUCAAUUAGAUUUUGGUUAAUCUUUCAACACUGUAUGUUAGACCCUGACACCUUAGAUGCCCAGAGAUUUUCUCCUAGACUUUUCACAGAUCUUCUUACUGUAAGGCUUAGCUGCAGGUCAAAUUACAUACAGAAUUGUAGGUCGUCCCUGCCCUCUAAUCUUAAUUUUGCACCAACAUCGCACACUGUGGUUGAUUUGAUUCCAUAUCUAACCAAUGUGAGCUCACCAUUUUUGGAUCACAGAUCCCAUUUUUGGAUCUCAGAUGAAAUAAAUACAGGACAUCCCAGGGUUGUUCUCCAACGGUGAGUAGACGAAGUGUCCCGACAUGUCUUGGGUCAAUAGAACUGGUGUCAUCUUGAGGUCAGUGAGGUUGACCUCUUGUGCUGCAACACCAUCGUAAUGUCUUGCCUGGCUAGACUAAUGGGAUGUUGGAUGUGGAGCAAAGGUUAUCAAAGUGGUCUCUUUAGGUGGUGGACAGACUCCUCUGUGGUGCUUUUCCAACCCAGCAAUGUCCCUAUACCUUAAAUCCCCCAUACUUGAACUUUGAACCUCCAAUUUAGAUUAGGAAAUAGAAGUGCGCCUCUUUUGAGAUGUAGCAAAUAACAAAGGAGAAUGAGCUUACGAAGAACAACAAAGGGAGAGGAGGAGGAACCCAGCAAAAAUGGCGGCAAAGCCUGACAAUCAAACACAGUCGACG